UUUUCAGCGAAGCAAAUGGAAUUUAAAAGAAAGCUAUCUCAAUUGUUUACCUAGUUUUUUUUCUCAUAAUUUUAUAUCUGUUUUAGACAUAAAUACGUAUUGCAGAAUCCUCAACUUGAAGAACUAUUUUGAUCAUAUUGAGAUGAACGCAUUAAUAAAAAGGUUCUGAAGAGAUUUCAAGAAAACACCUUUGAAGACAAGUUUGCUUUACGCUUUUCAAACCCUCAUCAGUUGAAAACAUGAAUUGGUGCACUUCGAAAUCUUCGCUGAUGCUCCUAUUUUGGACAAUCAUUUGUUGCAUACCAACUUGCUCGGCCGGACAUCGAGUCAUCCGGUCAUCAAAUUCAUCUCAAUUCAUUCAUCACGAGUUGGAGCCAAAAGAGGAAACAUCUGAAGAAGUCGACUUUUGCAUGAACAUUUCCGAUGCACAAUCCGAUCAAAGGGUUCUUUCUAAACGUUCUGAUGUCGAUACCUCUACAGAAUCAGUUGAAAGCGCAGAGGAAAUUGAAUUCGAACAACGCUUCGUCGAAUGCCUAAAAACGGUUGUCGAAUUUGGUUGCUACGAGAUUUUACCUAACAAGUCAGUUCAUGUUCCGAUAUACAACAAGAGACAAUUCAGGCCUACGCAAUACUUCAUAGAUCCCAACACGAAAGAACUUUUUAUUUGUCCAGAUUUUUUCGAUGAAAGUAAAUUUCCCGAAACUUUAGCCAUUGUCUCGCUAGUUGGCACAGCCAUAUCUGCGUUUUGCAUAGUACUGCAUGUGACGAUGUUCAUGGUUUUCAAGAAACUCAGGAACUUACCAGGAUAUUGUUUGGUUUCUCUUUGUGUUGCUUUGCUGGUAGCUUACCUGUGUACGUUCAUUCCGUAUUUCAGAAAAGAAGUGUCCGAUUGCACAGCAACGGGAGUGAUUAAAGCCUUCGCCUUUUUGGGUUCAUUCUUUUGGAUGAACGUCAUGUCUUACGAUAUUUGGCGAUCAUUAAGAAUGGCGACCGCCAAAUUACGAUUGACCGGUGAUAGGCCCAUGCUGACACGCUUCGCAAUUUAUUCCGCAUAUGCAUGGGGUGUUCCUCUUUUCAUCAUCGUAGUUGGAUUAAUUGUAGAUGCAAGUCCUGGAAGCGAUGAAAAAUACAGGCUGAUAAUGCAACACGAUUCAUGCUGGUUUAGAUACAAACAAGCAUUACUGGUGUACUUUGCUAUACCUCUCUUCGUUCUGCUGUUUUUCAAUGUUGCACUUUUCAUUUCAAGUUUCUGCAUGAUAAACAGCGCAACAAUGAAAAAAUCUGAAAAUAAAGCGGAUUUGUGGUCAAGAUUUCUCGUAAGCUUCCGUCUUGCUGUUGUCAUGGGGCUCAUGUGGAUCUUUGGAGUAUUGGCAACAUCAUCAGAAGCCAUGUGGUUGUGGUACCUCUACGUCCUCUGCAAUGUUCUUCAAGGUGUAUUCAUUUUCUUCAGUUUCACUUUCACAGAAAAGACCAGGAAGGAAUGCAGGAAAGCCAUUGCGAAGAAAAAGAGUUCGACAAUGCCUACUCAAGUAUCUAGUCAACAAUCAAGCUCUGUUUGAGUUUUUUUUUAAUGGUUACACCAAUAAUUGCUGUUAAUAUAUCAUAUGUUUUGUAUCUGCAGGUCAUGUGGAAGAUGAAGUCGUUAUUCAACCCAAGAAAACCUUUAUAGACUUUAUCAACUGAAUAAGCCAUAAAGAAUGGUUAUGUGCUCUAAUCACACAUUUGAUUGCUAGUCACACACUGUUAACGAUAAAUAACUAAAAGUAACAAGUAUCCAUCCUAUUUUCAUAAGAAAUUCAUGAAAGAAGUAUAGAAUUCGCUCUACAGAGAGAUGCAUAAUUUAAUACAAAUAUAUCCUCUAGAUUACUUUCUUUAUUUCAUUUUAAUCAAUGCUUGUUCGAAAUGGUAAAAACUUCUGUUUUUUCAAAUUACUAGAGUUGAAGGAUCUUUAUAAUAUUAUAAGAAGUAGUUAGAAAUGGAAAAUGGAAGAAUGCUAAAAAAAUUAGGAGAAAAUUUAAAAUAUUGAACUUGGAAACAAAACUAGCGAUGGAAUACCAAUGUAUUAAUGAUAUUACCAAUAAUAUUAACUCAAGAAUGUUAUCUUUAACAUUGACAGAAGCAUUUCCUGAAUUUUGGUAAAGAAUAUCAUAGUCACUACAAUUUUUAUAUUUAACAAACGCGAAUCAGAGCUUUGCGAGGGGAAAAAACCCAACAGAAAACACAUGAUAAAAGAAAUCCUAAAUAUGUUGCUUUGAAUUUUAUGAAUUCUUGCUCUGUGUUAUUUAUAUUUAUGGCCUUAGAUUAUGCCUUACGAAACUUUCUUAAAAAAACUAUUUAUAUAUAAAUUUUGUAUUAUUAAUAUAUAUUGUAUGCAUAUAUGUAUAUAUAAUGUUCAUUUAAUGAUUAUUUUGUAUUUAAUGAACUAACGAAUUGAUAAUAUUGAUCUUAGAAUUUGCGAUUGAAUAUAUUCAGAAAAAUGAAGUACUUUUGUUUUAAGUUCAAUCUGAAGUAAAGCCCACGAUAUUUACUUUUGUUAAGUAAUCUUUGUUAAAACACAUUGAAUACAAUACAAUGUGAAAAAUACCGGAAUGAAACCAGAAUAAAUAAAAUGACUAAUAUAUAUAUAUAUAUGUGAUGAAUAAUUAAUUAUAUAUAUAUAAUUAUUCAUAAAAAUAACUAAAAAAUAUGCCUAUUUAAAAAAUA